UUCCAAUACAAAUUAAAUAACGUAAAUAUGCUAGUUAAUGUUAUAUUAAACAUUAAAAAUUCGCAAUCAUAGUAGUUUCAAUUCAAAUUUUAUUGAGUUCUACCAAAUAUGAAGCCUUUAAAGAUACUAUUCGUUUGCAUUGGCAAUACGUGUCGCUCACCAAUGGCGGAGAGCGUCAUGAAGCACUGGGUUGAGGAGUAUGAUCUCAGCUGGAAGAUAGAUAGUGCUGGCUUGAGAACGUGGAACGUUGGACGUAAACCAGAUGAACGCUGCAUAAAAGUGCUAGAGGAGAAUGGUUUAGCAACGGAUCAUGUAGGAAGAAAGAUUUCAAUAAUGGACUUUUACAAUUAUGACUACAUACUUGCCAUGGAUGAGCAUAAUUUGCGCGAACUACAAACGCUCGCUAAAGAUCCAAGUCAAGAGAGAUGCGCCAAAAUCGAGCUGCUCGGAAAGUACAUUGAACGCACGGAAGACCAAAUCAUACGCGAUCCAUAUUUUUGCAACUCAAUCGGUGGUUUCCGUUGCGCUUUUCUGCAAAUAACCGAAAGCUGUCAAAAUUUCAUAGCGGAACACAUGUAUACGGAUUAGCAGUAUUGCGAAUACUAAAAAAAAUAAUUGUAAAAUUUACUUUAAGGUGUGUGAAAAAUGAGAUACUCAUAAAUUUCAUGUAAAAAAUUGUAAAAUGCAUGUGCUAUAAUUUAUUCCAGUAAACAAAAUGUGUAUAUAUAAAUAUAUUAUGUUUAUAACUAUUUCACACAAUUUCACCACGUAUAACACGCUCCAAGAAGACAUUCCAAUCAUACUGCAACUGUGCAUACGCCGCCUCUUUCUCUGCAUCACUCAUCGCUGAAUAUUUUAUCGAGUUCCAUACCAAACUUUUCAAUGUCUUCAAACCCGCAUUGCUCGGCGCAAAACUCAUAAUCGCAUAGUAGAAGUCAUAGCUCAAACCUUUUGCAUGCCAAAAGCCUGGAUCAUCAUUUGAGAUCACCAUUGGUAUAUUAUCGGACAUAAAGUAACCACCAGGAUGAUUGCGUAAAUCCCAAACUAAAUUCAAAACCUGAUUCGACAGCGGACUAACUUCCAGCGCAAUAUCACGCUCUUUAACAGCCUUACUGAGUAGCGGAUGCUUCAUGAGUGAGUAACCAUGUCCGAUGCGUGUGGUGUUGAGCAGUAUGGCAUCGACCAAAUUCAAAUCCACCGAUGUGCCGAACCAAUCUGUUGGUGAAAUAUUACGUUUAGUUAUAUAAUUGAGCGUCUGUUUCAUGUGCGCAUGCUUACUUGUCUCGCCCGCAUGAAAGAAAUACUUCGCGCUUUGCGGUAGUUCCUGUAGCACAGACACAAAUGUUUGCAAGGAAUUACCCUGAUCCUCCUGUCCUAUCAGAUCGAAACCAAUAAUGAAAUUUGGAUAACGUGCACUGUAAGCAGAUUUGGAUAACUUUUGAUUAAAAUGCUGUUCGCAGAUAGUUUUAUGCGCCACUCACUGGAAGUCUUUGAAUGUUUGGAAGGCUUUGAAUAUUUUAACUUCGUCUGCACCGCGAUGCGCCGAAUAAAUUAUUUUCAAACCCAAGAAACCAGGAUGUGAUUGUUUAAAUUCUUCUAUUAAUGACAUAAGCAACUCGACUGCUUCAUACUCAUUUGCUACCGUGGCGCCGUCGACGCCAUAGAGCUGGAAUAGUAAAAGUUAAGAAACACCGUUAGUCAAGCUUUAUGGAAAUAUUGAUUUUAGCUAUAUCUGGGCUAGUAGUACAGCUCACCUCCUUAAAUUUCAUACGCAACUCUGCGUACAUUAUAUUAUCCUCGUACAUUUCCUCCAUCAACUGCCAGUGGAAUGUACGAAAAACUGGCUCAUACCCGAUGGUAUCACUCACAGUGUCGAAUAUCUUUUCGAAACGUCGCCACAC